GGCGGUACUGGUUAUCUCAGUUGCAGGCAGGCCUGUAAUGACGCCUAUCCGUCCCAGGCGAGAGCCGCCCAUUAGCCUGGGACAAGACCUGACUCAUUCCAGGAAGCAGCAGCCAGACAGCAAGUCAGACGCAGGUGUCUACCCAGUCGAGCUGCCCCAGCCUUGGAACGGACGUCGACAGUGGUCUGUAACAGCUCUCUGCCGCUGGCAGUAUGGUGCUCAGGAUGGAGAACGUGCCCAAUGACCUGACCCCUGAGGAGUGUCAAGAGCUUGAGAACAUCCGUCGACGCAAGCAGGAGCUGCUGGCGGACAUACAGCGUCUGAAAGAUGAGAUAGCAGAAGUGACUAAUGAAAUCGAGAACCUGGGCUCCACAGAAGAGAGGAAAACCAUGCAGAGAAACAAGCAGGUGGCGAUGGGCAGGAAGAAAUUCAACAUGGAUCCUAAGAAGGGCAUCCAGUUCUUGAUUGAGAAUGACCUCUUGAAGAAUACGUGUGAUGAUAUUGCCCAGUUCCUCUACAAGGGAGAAGGGCUCAACAAGACAGCCAUUGGUGACUACUUGGGUGAAAGAGAUGACUUCAAUAUCCAGGUCUUGCACUCGUUUGUGGAACUGCAUGAGUUUACUGACCUCAACCUCGUACAGGCCCUGCGGCAGUUCCUUUGGAGCUUUCGAUUGCCAGGGGAAGCGCAGAAGAUCGACCGGAUGAUGGAAGCAUUUGCACAGCGGUAUUGUCAAUGCAACCCUGGUGUCUUCCAGUCAACCGAUACUUGUUACGUGCUCUCCUUCGCCAUCAUCAUGCUGAACACCAGCCUGCACAACCCCAACGUCAAAGACAAGCCAGCAGUAGAGCGCUUCAUCGCCAUGAACCGAGGCAUCAAUGACGGCGGGGACCUGCCCGAGGAGCUGCUCAGGAAUCUCUAUGACAGCAUAAAAAAUGAGCCCUUCAAAAUUCCCGAGGAUGAUGGCAACGACCUGACGCACACGUUCUUCAACCCAGACCGGGAAGGCUGGCUUCUGAAGCUCGGAGGUGGCCGGGUGAAGACGUGGAAACGGCGCUGGUUCAUCUUGACCGACAACUGCCUUUACUACUUUGAGUACACCACGGACAAAGAACCCCGAGGCAUUAUUCCGUUGGAGAAUCUGAGUAUCCGUGAGGUGGAGGAUUCUAAGAAGCCGAACUGCUUUGAGCUAUAUAUCCCUGAUAACAAGGACCAGGUGAUCAAGGCCUGUAAGACUGAAGCAGACGGGCGCGUGGUGGAAGGGAACCACACUGUGUACCGCAUCUCUGCCCCCACCCCAGAGGAGAAGGAAGAGUGGAUCAAGUGCAUCAAAGCUGCAAUUAGCCGGGACCCAUUCUACGAGAUGCUUGCUGCGCGCAAGAAGAAGGUCUCUUCCACCAAAAGGCAUUAGUCACCUGGCUGAGUUGAACGGCAGUGACAGUGGCAGGGGACGCCUCUCGGUCCCCUGGCAGAGGGGAAUGAGAGACUGCACAGGACCGCCUGCGCUGUGUUGCCAUCCUUGAGGCGACUAGCUUCAGCUUUUGCUAUUCUUUUCUGGUUUGGGGGCAGGAAGGGGGCAGGGGAGAGGGGGGGGCUAUGUUGAUGGCCGCCACCCACUCCACGACUUCUCUAUUUGCAAGGAAGCCACCCCUUCUUCCUGCCACCCCCUCAACUGGGCAGCUUGAAGCCCACUGCAUCAUCGGUAGCCCAUGCGGCAGGAAGAGAAGGAUGUUGGGGUCUGUUCUGCUGUGCUGGCCGACUCGUUCAUUGCCUGAGCUAAUGGGGAGGUAGAAAGCAUCAUGCAUUGCGCACUCCAAAGAGGUGCAAACCUGUCCAAGCCUGCAGCAAAGUGGGGCUCCAAACGUCGGGACUCCUACGGCACUCUGCAUUGCCGUUACUCCUUAUUCUUUGGGCAAGCAAGCCCAAUGGCUUCUUUCCCCAAAGCAGUUGGGUCGUGAGCUCUGUUGCAUUGAAUUUUUGGGGUUCUCUUUGGCAAGAAAUUUGAUUAAGCACGCUGAGUAAUGAGCAACCCAGAACCUCUUCCCCCACCACCCCCAACGGCAGGCAUGGGUGAACAGUGUAAGGCUGCCACUUCCAGGAUUUCCAUUGCUCUCGUUCUAGAGGGCACCUAUUUAGGCUGUCUCUGAUGCAAUGUCAGGAUGAGGCCAGCAGGGGGCUCACACAAGCCACUGCGCCGUCAUGACCGGUGCUGUUGUGAGCCAGCCGGGCACGCGUGCAGUUGUGGGUGGGCAGGUGGCGUCACCCUUGUUGGUGCUUCACAGGCCGCUUUUGCCAGCAGCUGCCAGGAAGCCAUCCCAUCGUCAUUUGGGCACGAUCCUAUUCCUGCAGCUGGAGCAUUCUCCAUCCUCAGUUUUAUUUUACCAUUGCAAUUGAUGGCUCAGGAAUGGACAUAACUCAAGAGAUGAGAAGACCUGUGGCGUUCUCUGCUGUACUGCAGAAAGAAGUGUUCUCUUUUCUUUUAAAGAGCCCUGCAACAUAGCCUGCCCGGUGGCAGUUGCACCUUUCAGCAGGGUUGGGUGUGGGUGGGUUAGGCUCGUGGUUGCCCCAGACCCAUGGGAAGCAGCAGCCCUUGGCCCUGAAGCACAAGCAAGUGGUUGGUUGUUGGGGAACUGUUGGGAGCCCAGUGGGGGUGGUGAUGGUAAUGGUGGAAGUGAGGGUCCGGAGGGUGGGUAUAGGCUGGCUUAUG